AUGGCCAUUAUUGGUUGUUGUAUUGUAAUGUACAUCACUUUAUCAAUAAUGAUCAUCACAAUUACAGAAGCCGGUGACAAAAAAGGUGGCGAUCUAUUCAUUAUUGGCGGUAAAUCCGGUUGUGGUCCAGCAUUAUUAUAUAAAUCUAAUGGUAAAAAAGGUGGCAAAAAAGGUGGUGGCGAAAUGAUCAUCAUAAAUAAUUGUGAAAGCCAUAGCGAACCAUCAUAUAGUUAUGUACCAUAUCCAAUGUAUUCACAUGGUGGUGGAUAUUCACAUGGUGGUGGAUAUUCUCAUGGUGGUGGCGGUGGUGGUGGUGGUGGUAGCUAUUAUCAUCGACGCCGAUGA